GAUCCUUCCCUAGCGGCGGCGGGGCUGGGCUGAGGUGCAGUACGGAGCCACGGGGGACGCCUCUCUCUCCCCUGCCCUGCCCUGCCCAGGGAGGGAGCGCGGCGGGAGGAUCAGCAGCUGCCCCCCCGGCGGAGCACAGCCGAUGGCGGCCUACCUUACAGGGGCGGCGGUGACCUCGUCCUCUACUUCUGUCUCCGCUGCGUCGCCUCCUCUUCCGUAUUGCUGUUAAUUUGGGUCUUCAGGGGUGGGAGGGGUGGGGAGGGUUCUCCGCCACCGCCCUCCCAUCCCUGCUCUUAUUCUCUGCACAGCCGCCCUGUGAGCCCAGGUGGUUGAAGGCUUCUUGUACUGCUGCUGCUUCGAAAAGGCUCCACCUGCAAAGAUGGACUGCCUGCUUCCAUUACCCCUCAAGGAGCAGAAAGUGAACUCUGAGGAAGGAGGGGCCCCCCUGCUGAAAGGCCCCUCCCGGCUCCCUGUGUCUGGCCUGCGUCUGAAACGUCCAGCCACCAACGAGACUGAGCCCCCCAAGGAGAAUCGGAAACGUGCUCGGGGUCUCCCUGCCCCCACCAAGAGAGGAGGAGUUGUCAUGUUGGCGGUUCCCUCCCGGCCAAGGGCUCCUCCUUCGGCCCCCGUGCUCCGAAGUCACCGCCUGCCUGGCCGCCGGCGCUCAUCCUCUCAGGCACGGGCGGCAGCGGGCAUGGCAGCAGCUUCCACCACAGCGGUGUCCCGUCGGGCAGUGCCUGCAGGAGAAUCGAAGCCAGCAGCUGAUGUGGGGGGUGGUGAGAAGAAGCGCGCCCCCUGGGAUCUGAAGGGGCAAGUGAGCGACCUCCGGGCCAAAAUGGGCGCCUACAAGGAGAAGGUUCAGGGGCUGGCAGGUGAGAACGAGGCCCUGAAGCAGCAGGAGGCCAGGCUGGAAGCGGAGCUGGGGCAGAUGAAGGCCCAGAACAGGCAGUUGGGCAGCGAAGCCAGUGCUCUGACCUACGAGCUCCAGGUCUGCCGAGAGCAGGUCCAAGAGAGCCUCCAGAAAGUGUCGGAGCUCCUGGAGAAAGAGCAGCAGCUCCAGGGAAUCCUCCAGAACCAGACCCGGAUCACUGAGGAGCUGGAAGCUACCAGCCAAGAGAUGAAGGAGGCCAACAGGGACUUUGCUGCCCGCCUGGGUGCCAGAGAGGCAGAACUGCACCUGGCAGAGAAGAGCCUAGCCCAGCACAGGCAGGAGAACGAAGUCCUGCAGGCACAAAAGGCGGAGCUGCAGCAGAAGCUGCACGAGUCCGAGAUGGAGCGGCGGUACCUGCACAAUGCCGUGCAAGAGCUGAAGGGUAACAUCCGUGUCUUUUGCCGCGUGCGCCCCUUGCUGGCCUGUGAGAAGGAGGCCCAGAAGGGAAUGGGACACCUGUGCUUCCCUCCAGACGACAGCAAGAGCCUUGUCCUCUCCAAGGUGGAGGAGUCCCACGUGGGCCGUGAGCGCAAGGAGGACAUUGUCUACGAGUUCAACUUUGACAGGGUCUUCCCUCCUGCCAGCUCUCAGGAAGACGUCUUUGAGGAGAUUGCCCUCUUGGUCCAGUCUGCCUUGGAUGGGUAUCACGUCUGCAUCUUUGCCUAUGGGCAGACCGGGAGUGGCAAGACGUACACUAUGGAAGGCCCAGAUAGUGUGGACUCUGACACUGCGGGCAUGAUCCCCCGGGCUGUGCAGAAGAUCUUCGAGGCCUCCCGGGAGAUGGAGUCCAAGGGCUGGAAGUACCAAUUCACAGCCAACUUCCUGGAGAUUUACAAUGAGUCACUGCGUGACUUGCUGGUGUUGCGCCCUGAGCGGGCCUCUGAGCUGGAGAUCCGGAGGGUGAGCCAGUGCACAGAGGAGCUCCAUGUCCCCAACCUCUGCUACGUCCCUGUCACUUCAGAGCAAGAGGUGCUGAAGCUGCUACAGAGGGCCAAAGCCCAACGAUCAGUGGCCAAGACGACCCUCAAUGAGCACUCCUCCCGCAGCCACAGCCUCUUCCAGCUCCACAUUGAGGGCCAGAACACCAACCGGGAGCUGCACACCUCCUCCGUGCUGAGCUUGGUGGACCUGGCAGGGAGUGAGCGCCUGGACAAGUCCCUGUCCACGGGGGACCGGCUCAGGGAGACGCAGGCCAUCAACAGCAGCCUCUCCAACCUGGGCCGGGUCAUCAUGGCCCUCAGCAACAAGGAGGCCCACGUCCCCUACCGCAACAGCAAGCUGACCUACCUCCUCCAGAACUCGUUAGGCGGCAGUUCCAAGAUGCUUAUGUUUGUUAACAUCUCUCCCUUGGAGGAGAACUUUGCAGAAUCCCUCAACUCCCUCCGGUUUGCAAGAAAAGUCAAUGAGUGUGUCAUUGGCACAGCGUCCAACCGGAAAUGAGGCCCAUGGAGUGUUCCGGGGAGACUUUGCUGUUGAGAGCUGCCAUAGGUGGCCUGUAGUUCUUUUGAUUUUUUUUAUCUUGCUCCUUAUGUUUUUCUAAUCAAUGUAUGUAUUACAAUUUCUGAAUAAAAAGAGGCGAAACCAA